AUAGGGUUUUGUGCUCUACAUGUCAAAGAAGAAUUAUCAAUUGUCAGACUUGCGAAUGAAUGUGUCAGACUAAUUUUUGAAUGUAGUUCGAUAAUUCUUGCGGGUUUAGAUAUUUAAUUUGUUCAUCAUUUUCCCAUAAUGGAGUAAUCUUUGUUGUUGAUGAUGAACAUUUUCGUACUAAUUAGAACUAUAGUGUAGCCGCAUAAAGAUAACCUCAUUGUUAAAAUCCGGAUUCUAGUAAUUGUAAACAACUUGGCCGCUUGAAGAAUUUAGCGCAAAUAGUUUUCGCAUGUGAUGGGAGAUAGAGAUUGGAGACCGUUUAUUUAUGGCGGCUUGGCCUCGAUCGUGGCGGAGUUUGGUACAUUUCCAAUUGACACAACAAAAACCCGUCUCCAGAUCCAGGGUCAGAAGAUAGACCCUAGACAUGUGGAGCUGCGCUACACGGGCAUGGUGGACUGCUUUGUGAAGACCUCAAAGCAGGAAGGAAUUAAGGCAUUGUAUUGUGGAAUAUGGCCGGCGGUGCUGCGGCAGGCGACGUACGGCACGAUCAAGUUCGGCACGUACUACUCGCUGAAGAAGGCGCUGGGCGCGCGGCGAGCGGACGGCGGCAAAAAACAAGCUCUGAAACAGUAA